AUCGGUUGUAAACAGUAUUAGGCUAAUCUUACAAUUUAUUUUAUUUUAUUUACUUAAAAUGGACGACCAGGAAAUGCAGCUCAAAGUAAAAAGAGUGAGUGAUAAAUUUACAGAGAGCAUGUAUGUUCUGGCUAAUGAACCGUCCAUAGCUCUGUUUCGCCUUCAGGAGCAUGUGAGAAGAUCUCUGCCAGAGCUUGUACAACACAAGACAGACAUGCAGAGCUGGGAGGAACAGAGCCAGGGAGCUAUUUACACUGUGGAGUAUGCAUGCAGUGCAGUGAAAAGCAUGGCUAACAGUAGCCUCUAUUUUAAGAACAUUGACGGACUGUUAAAGAAAGCCAUCACAAUGAGAGAACAGAUCAGCAGUACUCAAGGACGCAGUGAUGUGAAACCUGCUCCCAAUCACAGUGACCCUCCAGCACAUGACUGCUCAGCAUCAUCAUGAUACAAAAUACCAAGCAGGAAAAGAGCUGGUGAUCCUGGAAUAAUGAGGGAUGGCAGUGAGAAGCAGAAUUCUGGGAUUUAAAGUGCUGUACAGACCUACUGAAUGGAAUGAUCCAGAGGUGAACCUCACACUGAGUGUUGUACCUCUUAAACUGCAGGAUUUUGGCAGCUUGGCAGUGGAAUGAAAGCAAAAGCUCUGCCAGGUUGUCAAUUACACGAUGUGAACGACUUCUCAGUCGUAUAGAAAUACUGUCUGGUUGCGUAAAACUGCAGGUCCUUUCUCAUUGCAUUCCAAAUGUUUACUUUCAACAUGAUUUGAUCUGCUGCCAAAAAUAUACAUGAAAUAUUGCUUGAAUUUAGGGAAGCACCAAUUCAGAUAUCAAUGAUUCAAGCUGCCUCAUGGGUACAGCGUUGCUGUUGUGGCCUUUGAAAAUGUUGCAAUAUUCAUUUACAUAGGCGACUGCAAUUUAUAAAUAAUCGUGAGCCAUCUAGGAUUUUUAAAAAGGAACAUAUAAAUGAAAUAAAAUUUAACAUUAUUAUUAUUAAGCUAAUCACAAUCUGAUGCCUAAAGCCUGGACACUACUAAAUUAUUGCAUGUGCAUUAAUUGGCUGCUCAUAAGACCACAUUUCUUGCUGAGAGAUUUCAAAAUACAAGUCAAAAGGUUGAUCAGAUGUAAAAUUGGACUGGUGCAUCCCUAAUGAAAAAAAAAAAACUUAUGUUGUGACAUUAUUAUGGAAUACUUUUUUUGCACAAUUCACUUUGUGUAAGCUCCAAUAAUCUAGCUCUAAUGAUAACUUACCGCACAGGUAAAUAGAAAUUCCACCGCAAAACAAGCCAAUCGCAGCAUGCCGUAUAGACCUGCUGUCUGAUAGGAACCAUUCAACUCUAAGAAAGUAAACAAAACAGAGGUCAAUACACUGAAUAAAUGAUUUUGCCCUUAUGUUUUACUUUCUCUUACCACUUACAUUUUUAUUAGUAUUGAUUGAUUUAUCCGUACUGUAAUAAUAAGCACAGUGACCACCUGAACCAGUGAUGGGAGGUUUUGAUACUAAAUUUAAGGCUGGCCAGAAGGGACUGUUGGCUCUUGAGCAGGACACUUAAAUGAAAACCAAACCUUUUUUUCAAAGCAUCUGUGCCGUUACCAUAAAUGUUAACAUUAACACCAUUUCCUGUGCUGAGAAAACAACUAGAAAAAUUUUACCCUUCCUACAACCUGCAGUAAAAGUGAGUUUUAAGUAAACAGCACUUUUACAGUAAAGGCAAAUGUCACUUAUUCAUUUAGGAACCUGCAAAAUGCUACAGAUGGUAGACUGUACUGGUACUGUUUGAAAUUUUUUUUUUAAUUAACUUUAAACUAGCUGCUUUUGCUUUAUAUCGUAACUUAUAAGUCUGCCAAAUGAAUGGAAAUAUAAAUGUGUUUGAUUUUGCUCUUGUUCUCAGUGAAGAAACUAAUUAAACAAGUAAAAAAUGCCUAAAGAUGUUAUAAAUCUGAUUAUUUAAAGCUGCUGGAUGUAACUCUUGGUAAUUUGAUUGAAGCAGUGGUUUCUAAAUAUUUCCUCAGUCUGUAAGCACCUGACACAUUCAGCCUUUUUUAAGUACCUAAGCCCCUGGCUUUAAACAUACAUACACACGUUUAGCAAAUAUACACAAGUAUGCAAGUCUGGGACAUUUUGUGAAAUGCAGUAAAAACUUAUUUUAACUUUAAAUUUA